AUCAGCUAUAAUAAUAUCUCAAUUUCUUUUAUUUUUAUUUUAAAAGAAAUACAAGAAAUUCCUUAAACAUAGGGUUAGAAUCGAUCAACAACAACCAAGUGGUUAAGCCUUCGUUUCUCUUUGUUUAAGCACGAUUUAGAAGACCUCUCAACAGUUAAAAAUCGUGGGAAGAGAGGGAGAGUCGCACUAGUGGAAGAAAAUAGACAUUCUUGAAUUUUUCUAGAGAGAGAAAGGGAGAAUUCGGGUUUGUGAGCUCUAGGAAAUUUCUGGGUGGUUUUGAGUGUUUGAAAUAUCUUUCCUAUGAUCUAAAGAACGUUUUUGACGUGACAAAAGGGGCUAGAAGGGUCGUUUUAAAAAAUCACAAGUUUUCACCAUUAAAGUGGGUGUUCUUGAAUAAUUUCGAAUCUAAGAGAACAUGGGAGGUUCCGGGUUUGUUUGAAGUAUUUAGAAAGCUUAGAGGGACCCUAAGAGGUGUUUUGGACGUGAAGAAACGGAUCAAAAAUGCUCUGAAACAAAAUCUUGUAUUUUGGCCACCAUUUUUGGCGGUACACCGGCGACGGGGAAGACAACCAUGAUCCGGCCAUCAUGGGUCGAUUUUCUUGAGCUUCAAGGGUUAUUUGAGGUGCUGGGAUCUUUGGGAACAAAUUCCAACCGGUUUGGAGUGUCAAAAACAAGUAGAAAGAGGAGUUCGAAUCUUGCCGGCGACGGAGAAGAAGAAGAUUCCGGCGAGGCUCCGGCGAACCCGAUCUGGGUAUUUAUGGAGGAGCUAGCGGUCAUCGAGGUGACGCAGCGAGUGGUUCGAGACACGUCAGCGGAAAACGCACUGUUUAAGGAUAAUAGGAUGCCACCACGGAACUGCCGAGUGUGAGUACAGCGCAGGCAGGGCAACGAUGUCUCGAGGGAACGGCCGAGUGUGAGUACAGCGCAGGCUAGACUAUGUGCCACCGUGGGAAUGCCGAGUGUGAGUACAGCGCAGGCAAGGCAGAUUACAUUUCAUGUCCGAUCAACAUGACUUGUUAGUAUUUAUGUGUGUGAGUGUAACUCACAUUAUGUUAGUGUGAUAUGGUGUUUAUAUAUCACACGAUGAUUAUUGUGCUUAUGAUAUUUAGUUAUGUUUAGUUUAAAGUUUAUGUUUCUUGGUUUGGGGAGUUAUGUCCUACAUAGCUCUUCUUACUGGGCGUUAGCUCACGGGUACUCUGU